GAAGGCUGGAAGGAGCAGCACCGAGUUCUGCAGCACAAGGGGCCCAGGUCCUGAGUGACAGAAGUGUUGGAGGUGGUGCCCAGCAGCCUUUGAGGUCUCCUAGAGGGUCUGCUCCUGAGGAUGGGUCUCCAGGGGACAUUCUGCUUCUCCCUGGGGCUCCUACUUGGCUCUGUGCUUUUGGUGGCAUCAGCCCCAGCCACUCUGGAGCCUCAGGGCUGCAGUGACAAGGAGCAACAGGUCACUGUCAGUCACACCUACAAGAUCGACGUGCCCAAGUCUGCUCUGGUCCAGGUGGAAACUGACCCUCAGCCCCUUAGUGAUGAUGGGGCCUCGCUCCUGGUCCCCGGGGAGGCUGAGGAACAGAACAUCAUCUUUAGGCACAACAUCCGCCUGCAGACACCACAGAAGGACUGUGAGCUGGCAGGCAGCGUCCAAGACCUCCUGGCCCGGGUGAAGAAGCUGGAGGAAGAGAUGGCGGAGGUGAAGGAGCAGUGUAAUGCCCAGCGCUGCUGCCAAGGAGCUGCUGGUGCGAGCCCCCCCUGCAGCGGCCACGGGAGCCUCUCGCCGGACACCUGCGGCUGCAUCUGCGACGAGGGCUGGGAGGGCGCGGCGUGCGAGCGGCCCGCCUGCCCCGGGGCGUGCAGCGGCCACGGCGUGUGCGUGCGCGGCGUGUGCAGGUGCCACGAGGACUUCACGUCCGAGGACUGCAGCGAGCGGCGCUGCCCCGGCGACUGCAGCGGCCACGGCUUCUGCGACACGGGCGAGUGCUACUGCGAGGAGGGCUUCAGCGGCCUGGACUGCGCGCACGUGGUGGCUCCCCAGGGCUUGCAGCUGCUCAAGAGCACCGAGAAUUCCCUGCUGGUGAGCUGGGAGCCCUCCAGCGAGGUGGACCACUACCUCCUUAGCUACUACCCUCUGGGGCAGGAGCUCUCUGGGAAGCAGAUCCAGGUGCCCAAGGAGCAGCACAGCUAUGAGAUCCUUGGUUUGCAGCCUGGAACCAAGUACAUAGUUACCCUGCGCAACGUCAAGAAAGAAGUUUCCAGCAGCCCACAGCAUCUGCUUGCCACCACAGAUCUUGCUGUGCUUGGCACCGCAUGGGUGACAGAUGAGACUGAGAACUCUCUGGAUGUGGAAUGGGAGAACCCCCCGACUGAGGUAGACUACUACAAGCUGCAGUAUGGCCCCCUAACAGGACAGGAGGUGGCCGAGGUCACCGUGCCCAAGAGCAGUGACCCCAAGAGCCGAUAUGACAUCACUGGUCUGCAGCCUGGGACAGAGUAUAGGAUCACCGUGGUGCCCAUGAAAGGAGAACUGGAGGGCAAGCCGAUUCUCCUGAAUGGCAGGACAGAAAUUGAUAGUCCAACCAAUGUGGUCACUGAUCGUGUGACAGAAGACACAGCGGUGGUCUCCUGGGCCCCAGUCCAGGCCACCAUAGAUAAGUACGUGGUGCGCUAUACCUCCGCUGAUGGGGAUACCAGGGACAUGGCGGUACCCAAGGAGCAGAGCAGCACCGUCCUGACGGGCCUGAAGCCGGGAGAGGCAUACAGGGUCUACGUGUGGGCUGAGAGGGGCAACCAGGAGAGCAAGAAGGCCAACACUGACACCCUCACAGAAAUUGACAGCCCAACAAACCUGGCCACUGACCGGGUGACAGAGGACACAGCCACCAUCUCCUGGGACCCGGUGCAAGCGGUCAUCGACAAGUACAUGGUGCACUAUACGUCUGCUGAUGGGGACACAAGGGAGGUUCCAGUGGGGAAGGAGCAGAGAAGCACUGUCCUGACGGGCCUGAGGCCAGGUGUAGAGUACACGGUCCAGGUGUGGGCCCAGAAGGGGGCCCGGGAGAGCAAGAAGGCUGACACCAAGGCCCCAACAGAAAUUGACAGCCCCAAAAACCUGGUGACUGACCGGGUGACAGAGGACACAGCCACCAUCUCCUGGGACCCGGUGCAAGCGGUCAUCGACAAGUACAUGGUGCGCUACACGUCUGCUGAUGGGGACACCAGGGAGGUUCCAGUGGGGAAGGAGCAGAGAAGCACCGUCCUGACGGGCCUGAGGCCAGGUGUGGAGUACACGGUCCAGGUGUGGGCUCAGAAGGGGGCCCGGGAGAGUAAGAAGGCUGACACCAAGGCCCCAACAGACAUUGACAGCCCAACAAACCUGGUGACUGACCGGGUGACAGAGAACACAGCCACCAUCUCCUGGGACCCAGUGCAAGCAAUCAUUGACAAGUACAUGGUGCGCUAUACAUCUGCUGAUGGGGACACGAAGGAGGUUCCAGUGGGGAAGGAGGAGAGCAGUACUGUCCUGACGGGCCUAAGGCCAGGUGUGGAGUACACAGUCCAGGUGUGGGCCAAGAAGGGGGCCCAGGAGAGCAAAAAGGCCGACACCAAGGCCCCAACAGACAUUGACAGCCCAACAAACCUGGCCACUGACCGGGUAACAGAGGACACGGCCACCAUCUCCUGGACUCCCGUGCAGGCCGUCAUCGACAAGUACAUGGUGCGCUAUACGUCUGCUGAUGGGGACACAAGGGAGGUUCCAGUGGGGAAGGAGCAGAGCAGCACUGUCCUGACAGGCCUGAGGCCAGGUGUGGAGUACACAGUCCAGGUGUGGGCCCAGAAGGGGGCCCGGGAGAGCAAGAAGGCUGACACCAAGGCCCCAACAGAAAUUGACAGCCCCAAAAACCUGGUGACUGACCGGGUGACAGAGGACACAGCCACCGUCUCCUGGGACCCAGUGCAGGCCAUCAUCGACAAGUACAUGGUGCGCUAUACGUCUGCUGAUGGGGACACCAGGGAGGUUCCAGUGGGGAAGGAGCAGAGAAGCACUGUCCUGACGGGCCUGAGGCCAGGUGUAGAGUACAUGGUCCAGGUGUGGGCCCAGAAGGGGGCCCGGGAGAGCAAGAAGGCUGACACCAAGGCCCCAACAGAAAUUGACAGCCCCAAAAACCUGGUGACUGACCGGGUGACAGAGGACACAGCCACCAUCUCCUGGGACCCGGUGCAAGCGGUCAUCGACAAGUACAUGGUGCGCUACACGUCUGCUGAUGGGGACACCAGGGAGGUUCCAGUGGGGAAGGAGCAGAGAAGCACCGUCCUGACGGGCCUGAGGCCAGGUGUGGAGUACACGGUCCAGGUGUGGGCUCAGAAGGGGGCCCGGGAGAGUAAGAAGGCUGACACCAAGGCCCCAACAGACAUUGAUGGCCCCAAAAACCUGGUGACCAACCAGGUGACAGAGAACACGGCCACCAUCUCCUGGGACCCGGUGCAGGCCAUCAUCGACAAGUACAUGGUGCGCUACACAUCUGCUGAUGGGGACACCAGGGAGGUUCCAGUGGGGAAGGAGCAGAGAAGCACCGUCCUGACGGGCCUGAGGCCAGGUGUGGAGUACAUGGUCCAGGUGUGGGCUCAGAAGGGGGCCCGGGAGAGUAAGAAGGCCGACACCAAGGCACCAACAGAAAUUGACAGCCCCCAAAACCUGGUGACCAACCGGGUGACAGAGGACACGGCCACCAUCUCCUGGGAUCCGGUGCGAGCAGUCAUCGACAAGUACAUGGUGCGCUACACGUCUGCUGAUGGGGACACCAUGGAGGUUCCAGUGGGGAAGGAGCAGAGCAGCACUGUCCUGACGGGCCUGAGGCCAGGUGUGGAGUACACGGUCCAGGUGUGGGCUCAGAAGGGGGCCCGGGAGAGCAAGAAGGCUGACACCAAGGCCCUGACAGACAUCGACCCUCCCAAAAACCUUCGUCCAUCUGCUAUAACACAGUCUGGAGGGGUGUUGACUUGGACAUCCCCCUCUGCUCAGAUUGAUGGCUACAUUCUCACCUACCAAUUCCCAGAUGGCACCAUUAAGGAGAUACAGCUUGGAAGAGGGGAUGAGAGGCUCGAGCUGCAAGGCCUUGAGCAGGGCAUCACCUACCCUGUCUCCUUGAUCGCCUUUAAGGGUGAUCGCCGGAGCAGGAGUGUCUCCACCACCCUUUCCACAGUUGGUGCCCGCUUUCCACAUCCUUCAGACUGCAGUCAAGUUCAACAGAACAGCAAUGUUGUCAGCGGUCUAUACACCAUCUACCUGCAUGGCGACGCCAGCCGGCCCCUGCAGGUGUACUGCGACAUGGACACGGAUGGAGGCGGCUGGAUUGUCUUCCAGAGGCGCAACACUGGGCAGCUGGAUUUCUUCAAGCGCUGGCGCACCUAUGUGGAAGGUUUCGGGGACCCCAUGAAGGAGUUCUGGCUUGGACUUGACAAGCUACACAAUCUCACCACUGGCACCCCGACCCGGUAUGAAGUAAGAGUGGACCUACAGACUGCCAACGAAUCUGCCUAUGCCGUAUAUGAUUUAUUCCAAGUGGCUUCCAGCAAGGAGAGGUACAGGCUCACAGUCGGGAAAUACAGAGGCACAGCAGGGGAUGCUCUUACUUACCACAACGGAUGGAAGUUUACAACUUUUGACAGAGACAAUGAUAUUGCCCUCAGCAACUGUGCCCUGACACAUCAUGGUGGCUGGUGGUACAAGAACUGCCACUUGGCCAACCCCAAUGGCAGAUAUGGAGAGACCAAACACAGUGAGGGGGUGAACUGGGAGCCAUGGAAAGGACAUGAAUUCUCCAUUCCUUACGUGGAGCUGAAAAUCCGCCCUCAUGGCUACAGCGGGGAGCAUGUCCUGGACAGAAAGAAGCGGACACUGGGAGAAAAUUCGAGAACGUUCUGAUGGCCUAUUGGAGCAGUUGUCACAUGAGACAAGACCAGCCCAGGGUGGGGCUGUGAGGGCUUGGGGCAGGGUGGGUAGUGGUGACUGGUUAAUGGAAGUUUGAGGGAUGCUCCUGGCCCCUGGUUUCUGAGAUGGCUGGAUAACCUGCAGGACAAAGCAUGUUAUCAAGCUUCAGACAAAUCAGGUUACUUCCCUAUCACCUGCGUUUUUGCCCAUCUGUAUUGGGGGUCUGAAAAUCAGCCAGUAGUAGCAUAUGAGGAAGACAGCACUGGACUACAAGGUUUUUCAGUCUAUCUUUAGUAACAAAUAUGUGAGAUUGGAGGGGGGAAGAGGAAAAAAAGAAUCAUCUAGCACUUCACCAAUUGGAAAUCUCUGGAAAUUGGUAUAUAUAUUAUAUAUAUAAAUAUAUAUAAAGCUCCUCUACUAGAAAUCUUUUCCUUAGAAAAAAAGCACCAAGGAGGGGUUCUCUUUGAUGGCCAAGGGGCUAAAGUAGUCUGAUGCUGGUCACCUGCCAUUACCACUGGGCUUUGAGGGAAAAGCUGUAAACCUCCCCCUGUUUAAAAAAUGCUAGUGUUAGGGGGAAGAGUACAGGGAACCACGGGGACCAGGAUGGAUUCCCAUCUUGCUAAGCUCUGACCAGCAUGCUGGAGACCAAGCUUCUGUGUUACUAUUCUUCUCAAGAGCCACCUUCCCACCUAUUUGCAUAAUCACUUUCAUAGAUCUACAUAUGUUGUGAAUAAAUUCUCACUCAUUUCAACUUUAAA